AUGCUCAGAUAUGCCAGCUCAUGGACAAGAUGUAAGGGAAUUUCCCGUUGCAGGUGGAUAACCCAAGUAAGUAAAACGAAAGACCGUGAUACGAUAGAAAACAUCGUUCAGACUUCUACUUUUAACGCCCUCUGCGAUUCGACCAAUCCAGAAAUCAAGCAUUUGGUGGAUUCCAUCGAGUCUAGCACUGAUUACACUAUAAUACCAAGACUGAAAUUGCAAUUGAAGAAGUUAUACCCCCAGAAAUAUACAAAAAUUACUCAGAAUCUAAUAGAUUCUUCAAAUUCACGUUCAUUCAUGCAAAUGGUGAUGUACCAGUACGUUGGUAGUAAACAGUAUGAGAGCUUUUUAUCGAAUUUGAGGGCUAUUCUCAGUGAUUCACGGUUAUCGGAUUCAUCAAAAGGAGGGAAGGUUUACGAGAUUAUCAAAUGUCAACGUACAGUUUUCCCAAUUGUGAACCCCCCUAGGCCAUUGGUAUUGCCAGAUGAUGUACAUAGGUGGUUUUACGAGCAUUUGUCAUCGAACGAAUUCUUUAAACAUUACUAUUUCCUUAUCUCACACGAUGUUCAUCUUUCGUCCUCAAAAUAUAUCAAGAGAAUGACUUCCAAGUUACUACAAGGGUCUGAAUUAGAGAGACAGUUAGCAACAUUCGAAUACUUCUCAAAAUUUGAAAAUUCAUCAAUGUUUAAGAAUAAAUUUCUUAAACUGCACGAUUUCAAAGCAAUGAUACAUUUAAUGAAUAAUGUUAUCAAACAUAAUAGGAACUCCAAAUAUAUCGAAAUUUUUUUGGUUGAAAUGAUAAAAAAGAUUGAAGAAAUUAGUUUAAGAAAUAAGUAUAAUGAUGUUCAUAAAAUCACAACUUUUAUUACAUUUCUUAAUGAACUACUAUUUAUAAUAUCUGAAAUUGGCAAUUUACAAUUAUUUAGUUCAGUUUUCAAAAUUUUAAUUGAAUUCAUUGAAUUUAACAAAGAAUUGGUACCAAAAGGACGAUUGUACCGCUUCCUGCACGUUUCAAUCCACAGUUUCUUCAAAUUAUUAAGAAAACAAAAUAAUAAUAGAAAUUAUCAAGAUGCCGUUUUCACUUUGAUCUCUGUUACAAAUAAUUUAUCAGUCGUACCAAAGACGUGGAACUUUAAGAAAAGGAUAGUUCAAGAAAUAAUGAGUUCUUUGAAAUACUUUGAAGAUCCAAAAAUAAUGUGCUUAUUUAUGAUAUCUGCAAUCAAAAAGCCGGAUCCCUUACCAUUGCUGAAUGAUCUGGGAAUUUAUGGGUUCGUGUUCCAUAAUGACAUUAAGCACAUUUCAACAUCAAACGAAUUAUUGGACAGGAAAUCUGAACAAUUAAAUAAUAAGCUGUUACCGCAAUCCCUUGCUGUGGAAUUGGAUAAUAUCUCUGCCAUUCUAACAGAGUUAUACAUAGUUCUUCUGUCAACUUCAUGUACUAUCCUCAAAGCUAGUAACUUUGAAAAUGUUUUGGUUCGGUUUUAUAAAAACUAUAUUAAAUAUUUGGAGGCUAAUUCUAAAAAGUUUUACUUAUGGAAACAUGACACAGGAAUAAUGAAUGUCUUUAUUGAUGCCGCACUGUUUAAAUUGAAUAACUUUCAAAUGGCAUAUAAUUUUCUGAUAGAUUUCUAUUCUAAGCCAUGUUCCAAGCGUGUCAAAAUCACUUCAAAGAACUGCCCUUUCUCGACGAUAAUAUACAGUAAUAGAUUCACGCUAACUGACUUGCAAUUGUCAGAACUCUUCACCUUAAUGGAAAGAAAUAAUAUUCCUCUAUCUUUCAAAAUUUGUACAGCAAUGCUAUUAAGAAAUAAUGAAAAGAAUCAAAUUCAGGAUGCUCACUCUUGGUACAAAAAAAUAUUAGCAGCUAAUUUUGAAAUAAAGCAUUUCCAAUUAAUUCAACUAAUCAAAAAGCAUAAAUGGGAACUUCCAGUUGGCUUUGAUUUAAACUUAUUUGACACUCUGGACUCAGUAUCAAGCCAAAAAUUUGUUCUAGAUAAAGAAGAUGAUUCCCUGAUUUUAGAUGAUGUGAUUACUAAUAAUGAUGAUGUACAUAUUACAAAUUUGAUGAAAAUGAUCCAGAAUAUUGGCUAA